ACCCGCCUUCAUUGGCUAUAAAACUGAGGAGGCAGCGAGCUAAGGUGGGAAAUUGAUAUAGGGAGUAUUCAGUGAUUUUGUUAGCGAAGUAAAUUCAAAAAAGUUUUUCUACAUGGAUUCCGUCGAAAACAUCGGCCAAGCUACGGUAGAUGCGAUCCCCACGAAUAUUUUUAACUGCACCCGGGCGGAGUGCGGAGCCACGUUCACGCGGGAGUGGAGGCUGAAGGAGCACUUGGCCGCGCACGCCGGGGAGAAGCCUCAGGUAUGUGACGUGGCCGAGUGCGGGCGCCGGUUCACCCGCAGGUCUCACCUGCAGCGCCACAAGCUGACGCAUGGCGGCAUAAAGCAAUUCAGGUGUACCUACGUGAGCUGCAGCCAGGCUUUUGUAACGCGGGAUAGUCUGAAGAGACACAUCAAAUACGCCCACGGCAUCAAGGACUGCUACUACAAGUGCCCACAGCAAGGCUGCCUGAAGACCUUCAAGAAACGCAAAGCCUACAAGACUCAUCUCAACGAACAUGCAGUUACUUGCUCAUUCCAGUGUCAACAGGCAGGGUGUGGGAGGAAGUUUGAAACGUGUGCUGCACGCAACGCCCAUGAGAAGACCCACAGAGGGUAUGCCUGCAAAGUUCCUACCUGCCAGACUGUUGCUGCUACCUGGAGCAAGCUGCAGAAGCACAUGCUGAAGCAUCCAGCUACUUUCUGCUGCUCUGUGUGUCCGAAGAAGUUCUCGAAGCGUGGCACCCUGCGGCGGCACAGGCGCUGCCACACUAUGCCCAAGCCGGUACUGAGGUGCCCCAAAGAGGGCUGCCAGGCCUGCUUCUCCACCAGCUUCAACCUGCAGCACCACAUCCGCAAGGUGCACCUGCAACUGCUGCAGUAUCGCUGCUACUACCCUGACUGCACCAAGGCCUUCGCAAUGAGUGAGAGCCUGGCCAGGCAUGUUGUUCAUCAUGAUCCAGACAGGCAGAAGCUCCAGUUGCAGGUGAUGUGUAGGCGCCCCAGUAAGAUCUGGCAGAAGCGGCCGAGGGGGGGCCGUGGGCGCCGGACCCCCGUGAUUGAGGAGGACCUGCGGCAGCUCUUCAGUCUGAAGCUGCGUCUCUGCCGACGUGGCAAGGUGGAGUGCGACCUGAGAGGCCUGUUCAAUGAGCGCAAGGGCCUGCGCCGCGUGCAGCAGGAGGUCAGCCUGAAGGAGCUGUUUGAGCAGCGCCCGCCGCGAUGCUCCGAGAAGACCCCUGCAGCGGGGGGCGCAGAGCGCCCUACACCCGGCAAGAACCCGUGAUCGUCCUGCUGUAGUAAUGUGUUCUCAAGUUUUUGUUUCCUCAAUUGUACUUGCAGAUUGUGUUCUGUUUGUUUAUGCACUUUGGAGGGGGGGUAGACUUGUGGAUUCAGAGCAGGCAUAACCUCGGUUUAUGAAUUUGGAUGCUAGAUAAAUGGGUUCUAUAAAUGUAUAGUAAUAGAAAAAAAUGUGACUUAGUCUGGUAUGGGGAGGUUUCUGAUUUUGUUUGUAGCCAGUGAGGCACAGCUCUGUAGAGCAGGCAUGAGACUUUUUUUUUUUUUUUUUUUUUUUUUUAAUUUAGUAGGAUGGUGAUGUUGACCUGUAUUCUCUCCAUUCUUUCAUUUGGGAGCUGAAUCCCCCUCCAAUAAAUAGUUGUGCCCCAUGUGCUGUUGUAGACUUUCUUCCUGCACGCUGACAGCUGCUGAAGUACUAUAGAUUUAAACCGCAUGCACGGUUUAAUUGUUAGUCCUACUUCAAAAAACAGAAUCCUAUCCAUUACUUGAUUUUAAAUACAUAGAACUUUCAUGUUCUCAA